UUCGCUGACAUUUUUUGAUUAUCAAUUUUCAUUUUCAAUCGGGUGCUUAAAAAUAUUGUCUUUAAUUCUUACAUUGGUUUUUUAAUAGCUUAUAAAGUGAAAGCAACCAAGAUGUCGGCCAAGUCGGAUUCUGUGUCGUGUGAAUGCACGGAUGUGAAAGAAACCGAGGUGUCGGCCAAGUCGGAGUCCAUGCCGUGCGUGUGCACGGAGGACAGUACAACUGAGGAAUCUCUGGUCAGCUUGCACUGCGAGUGUCCUCGGGAUGAGCACGACAUCGUCAUCCACGAGGAAACAUGCCUCUUGUACAGGAGUGAGAAGAUCACUUUCUUUCGCGAUCCGACCUGCGAAUGUGACCCACCGAUGGUGGGGGCAGGAGACUGUCCGUGCUGCAAGUGUCCCCUCGACCAAUGCCGCUGCAAUAUGGCCGGACGAGAAGCUUUUGACGAAUGGCGCGCCAACCGCGGAAUAGAUGCGAUGCCAGCGGUGCUGGAGGCGACCCAUCCUCUGAUGCAGAAGUUCCAGGAGACCCUCAAACAGUUUCUCAUCAAAGAGAACGCACUGGCUGAAGAACAGAUUCUCAACCUUCGUGAAGAAUUGAAACUACAAAAGCAGGAAUAUGAUAAGGAGCUGGAAGCCAUCUACAAGAGUGACCAUGACACCAACGCGCAAAGGCUCCUUAUAGAAGAAUACGAAAACAGUCUUGCUCAGCGCACCCUAGAGCGCGAAGCCGCAGAGAAGCGCGCCCGCGAGGCACAGGAAAAUCAUAAGAAGGUCAAGGCUAAGCUGGAUGAAGAUAUAAUUAGAGAACGUGAAGCUACACAGGAGAUGGAAGCCCUGAAUGCGUUGUGCCGGCAGUUGGAGGCGUGGCGCAACGAGACCGACUCCGACCUGACCGUCAGCCAGCGCAUGUCGGACAAGAUGAGGGCUGAGAAGCAGGCCAUCGCUGCUGAGAAGAGGCGACUGGAUAUGUUUCUGUUCGGCUUGAGCAAUGAAGUCUGGAAGCUGGAGUCCAGGCUGGAGAUGUUCAAGAAGCAGUUAGAGAUCAAGAACACGGAGAUGGAGAAAGUUAACGAUAGGGUAACUGCAUACGCAGCUGAGCUUGAUGACCUGGAACUGGACAAGCGUCGCCUGGUCUCCUUGUGGAACUCCGUCAUUGUGAACAUCGCGCAACGUGACAAGGUCUACGACUCCGUCCGCGAUGAUUACAACGCCUUGCAAGACAACUACCGCACACUGAUCAACUCUCUGGACAUCACGAAGAAGAUUGUGAUGGAGGAGAUGAACAAGAGCAAGGAGAUCGCCAUGACCAAGGACAAGCUCAUCUACGACAUCGAACACGCUACUAAAACUCAUGAUGUGGAGUUCGCAAAACGGCAGACGUUAGAAGCACUAAUCCAAGAAUUGACCGAGUCUAUUGAAAUGACGGAACGCGAUCAAGAGAUGAUUAAAUCUGAGAAUCAAACAAUGCGGAAUAUACUGAAAAGCACGGAGAAGGAAUUUGACAGGAGGGCGGAGUCUAAGAUGAAGCUGGAGAAUGAGAUCCUGCUGAACCUGCAGGAGUGCCUGCUGAACGACAAAGCUGUAGAGUCCAUGGCCAAUGGUAUUAGGAAGAUGAGGGAGAUGUCGAGGAAACAGGAAAUAUCCCUAAUGACAAUGGAGAACCAGCACGCUCGCAUACUCCUGGAAAUAGAGAUAAUGCGGAACCGUCACGCGAAGAAUGCGGCGGUGCUGCAGGAGAAGCAGGCUCUGAUGAAGCAGAAGGAGCAUGAGAUAGAUCUGCUGCAGGCGGAGUAUGACAACAAGCUGUCAGUCCUGAUGAGGAAGCAGCGAGAACAGGACAUCGUCAUAAAGAAAUUUGCCGCUUUGAAGGAGAUAUUCGAUAUGAAGUCCCCUCAAGAGCGUCGUAUCGAGGGUCUGGAGAAGCAGAUCAAGUGCCUGCGGGAUCGCACGGAGGUGAUGCAGCACGAGUGGCUGAGGCAGCAGGGCCACGUCGUCAAACUGGCAGACCAGCACCACAUCAUGGUCACCGACAUCAACCUCAUCAAGAAACAGAUCCAAAUCUGCGAGCAGAAAAUAAUGCGUAUCCAAGCGGAGUCGGACACGGUGAUGGCAGACAGGAACCGCGUGGAGCGCUCGCUGCGGACCUUACGCGGGAGGCUGGAGGUCCUGGAGCGCACGCGCAAGGACGCCACCGAGAGGAACGAAAACGCGCAGAGAAGCAACCUCGCCAUAUCACAUGAAUACGCUGCUAAUCUCAAGGAUGCCGAAACCGAAAUAAUCCAACUGGAAGAGGAAAUAGAGCAGUUGGACAAAGAGAAGAUGAAUCUCACACAGGAGUUGGAUAGAGUGCAGAGGGAGGCACUCAUUUGGCAGAGGAAGGGUAUAUUAGCAGUAGAACUGAAGAAAAACAUAGCGACUGCGAAGUCUCUGAGUGGUGAAAUAGGACAGAUGAGGUCUGAAAUACAUAGGAUGGAGGUCCGUAGAGAACAACUCCGUCGCACUAGUGAGAAGCUGGCCGAUGACUUGGCACUGUUCGUGACGCGGCGAGACACCGCCAUGGAGAAGACGAGGGCUGCUGCAGCCGUCGAGAAGUCCCACGGAGGUUCCAACACUUCGCAGUCUACUUACCAUCACAAAUUGAGACUUGCUAAGUCUGAUGUUAACAGAGUUUCUAAGGAAAUAACAGACGCGAAAGCCCAAAUGGAGCAAUUGAUGAAGGACCAGGAACGCCUGGACCGCGAGCUGGCCGAGACCAACGCUAAGAACUCGCAGAUGGAGGAGCGCGUCGCGGAGCUCAUUAAGGAGACCAUGGUCACCGAGCGGACCAAACAUUGGCUCCUCGAACGAGUAGUCAGGGCGCAACGCUUCGGCACUGAGCUCGCCACCGCUAUAAAGCGGCAGUCAGUGCGCUGUAAGAAGCCGAAAGACCAAGUGCUAGCAGAACACGAGCAAGCGAGGAAGUUGAAUGAACGGCUGCGGUACAUUGUGGGGGUACUGGAGAACGAGCACCCACACCUUGAGGACAAGCUGGAGAGUAUAUCCAACACCUUGAACAUAUUCUCUCCAGGAGGGAGCCCCCGCCUGGCUGCCUCCGAGACCUGCGCCAUCCUGAACGAUGCCUUCGUCCUAAGUGAUAAAGACAUUCUUGAUGCCGCCAAGGCAAGAAUGGGAAUGGUUCUUGAGGAGGAGAGCAGCCAACCUGAAGAACUGCAAGAGCAGACUUGAAUCCAGUUAUUUAUUCUCAAUUUGUAAUCUUUAUUGUGUUUUGUGUGAUAUGUGUUGUGUAAUAAAUUGUGUUUUAAAUGAAUAAA